AUGCAAAUGAUUAUUGCUAAAUCAAAAAGGGGUGCCUCUCCUUGUGAGGAGGCAACAGAGCAUAUAACGGAUAGCUCAAAUAAUGCUAGUGCAAACAUAGCGGAGGACAAAAGCAUGGACAAAAUAAUAGGUGUCUUUUGCGCUUGUAAAGUUGUGAUAUGUGCUCUGCUUGUGUGGUUAAUGCAGUGUUCCGGCAUGUACUCCGGUGCAUACAUGAAGGGUUACUACAACAUGGGCAGACCAGCUGCUGUGAGGCCCAAUAGACUAUUGGGACAACCAGUAGUCGAAUUCGACUCAAUGUUCGAUCUCUAUCAGAAAAGCUUUUUGGACAAAAUGGGAUGCGAUAGCAACCAAAAGGACCAAAUUAAGACUAUGAUGAAAUCAUAUUUCGAUAAAAUAGAUUUGGGAGCCUUAGCUCAACAAUUUCAACAGAACCCCUCCAGCAUUUUGCAGUGUCCACCAGGAAUGCCUGGUAUGUUCGAACCUUCCAAUGUUAGCAUGUUUGGACAAUCAAAUCCAAAUGAGAGUAAAAAUGCAGACGCAGAAAAGAAGAAGAAAAAGAAGAAUGGUCAAAAGGAUACUUCAGAUGAUGGUGAUGAGCAGGAAACAAAAGAAGAACAGGAUGGCGAAAAAAAGGAUGAACACAAAACACAGUUGAUGUUCCCAACUAAUAAUAAUAACCAGAGCCCUGUUUCAUAUUAUUUGAACUUUUUCAAUUUCUUGUGGUCCUCUCCCUUCAUUGUUUUGAGCUCAGUUAUAUCAGCAUGUUCUGGACAGCUUCCACUUACUGUAGCUUUAAUAUCCAUAUUAUUGUUGAAAGGAGUUAAUUUAUCCUGGGACCUCAAAAUAAUGUAUGAUACGUUAUUCCAAAAGAAAAAAUAA